AUGGUCUCAACCAGCAUUCCCGCUCCUACUCGUGGAGCACAAUGGGUAUCCUCUGAACUAGGUCAACAUUUUGUCAGCCCAAAGAAACCCAGGGACAAGAAGAAAACUCAGAAACAUGUCGAGUUACCUGGCGUGCAAGCCAAACACCAUCAACUGCAAGCUCGUAUGCACCAACUGAUGGGACCAGAGCCCAAACAGACCGAAGUUCAUGCUGCAGUCGAAACCAUCUCUCAGGCUGAUGCCUUCGCCGACAUUCACAUUCCUGAUCCAGACUUCGAAAUCUCAUCAGAACCCCCCUUUGACGUACCUGCAGAAGAGUCUCAAACUAAAUGUCGCAUUUUGCCUGAUAAGGCCACUGAUUCGUUGUACAGCAGCUGGCAAACACUAAUACCCUCCCUUGCCAAACCUCACCUCAAAUAUUCUGAGCGAACGUUAGCGACAGCACUGGACAUCACCCCCAAUGUUAUCUCUGCAUGCGCCACACUUUCGUGCCCUCAAAAGCACACAUCAAUCACGUGUUUGUUUUUUGACAUCCUACUUCACCAUGGGCUGUUUCUGACUGCUCCCUCCCAGCCUCGUAUGGCUGUCUCCGUCGAACUACUAUUGUUCUAUCGGGCACUUUUUGAACGGUCUUGUGAUGCCAUUAAUGCCUUAGUGUUGGCUCUCAAGACCCACUACUCUUGCAGAGGCCUGGGCCAUGCCAUACAAUGGUAUGACAUUCUUCAAGUCCGAAUAGAACAUCAAGUUGAAGAAACCCUGCAGAAUAGCUGUGACCGGGUGGUGGCCCUUCGUUCUCAAACAGAGGAUCACGUCUCAACCUCGAUACCUUUGUCUACCCUACAUAGAGGCCAGUGCGCACCCAUACUUAUUCAAAGGUGUCCUGCAUGUUUCAGUGGGACGAUGUUUGGGAAACCUACCACUGAAGGAGGAGAUAUUCACACUGCCACAGACGGCAACUUCCACCACCGCCAUCGGCGUGCAGUGGGGAAUUGCCCCCACUUUUAUGAUCCUACUUAUUUCCUUUUGAAAGAGUACGUUGAUGGUGUUGGCUGCCGCAUCGAGGCUCAACAUAAGAGGCCUGCCAAGUCACCUGUACCCCUUGUUCCCGACGAGGCUAUCGACCAGUGUGAAACAGCUUACGAAGCAGCCGACAACAAAAAACACAAGGUGGCAAUGGAUAGUUUUGACGAUACUGGUAUCAUGGCGCUCAUAUGUCGUCAUGACAUCCCUCUGUUUUUUGCUAAUAUUGAUUCUCCAGGAGAACAGCAAAAAUACUCAAUCGCCCUCCUAGAACAUUUGUUCUCGUUGAUCCCACCUUAUGCUAUGGUCAUAGCAUUGUACGAUGUCGGAUGUGUCCUUGCCCAAUCCCUUAGCAAGUACAACAUUCUCCCUGGCAGUAUCGUUUCACGUUUGUGCUUGGCAACCACUGCCAUGCAUGCCUAUGGGCAUGAAUGGGCAUGUCAGCUAGUGCACAACCCACAAAUGUGCAUUGGGCUGGGUCUUUCAGAUGGAGAAGGGACCGAGAGGCUGUGGUCUCGCUUUGUGUGCCUAAUCGGCAUUGAAAGGUCAUCAUUGUGUCAGCGCCAUUUGUGGCUCAUCGACUGUCAGGCUGUGGCCAUAGGAUCCAAAAUGCAAUCCGACUUAGGUGAUUGGAUACGACAAUGCCUGAAGCGUGGUAUUCACAACCAAGGAACUGCUGCUCAAGAUGUUCUAGAUCGGUGCGAACUUUCUGUCGAGGAUCUGGAGUCAGAAUGGUCUCAACAACGAAGCUUGCAGCUCUCUGAGUUAGAUACUGUUUUGACCCUGCAGGCUGAUCUCAAUAUCUCUGAUACCGCACUACAAUCCACCAGGCUCAUGCUUGAGAAAGGAGCUGCCUCACAAGACACUCUCAAGGCUCUCAAGAAAGGCCAUGAACGCCUUAUGGGCAAAGUCGAAGUUUUAUAUGCAUCCCUCAAUAUUCACGACCAAUUCCCUGAACUCGAAGGUAUCAAUUUGGACUUUGUUCAGCUUCUUCUGAUGGCACGUGACUUGAAAAUGAACAUCCGUAGACGGGCAAUCGCGAGUUUUUUUGAGUGGGACAAAUUGGACCGUGCGGUCGGUGGUGCUCAGCAGGCGUUAGGUACAAAACUACAUCAACAAACCCGAAAAGCGAUUGCGAAACAUCAACCAGCCCUGUUGACUGCGCUCAGGCAGUUCAAUACUUAUUGUGAGCAGUUAGAAGCAUUAUAUGACUCUUCUUGGGGUAUUCCUUUACCUAGUCCUCUCCCAACCAAACUCACAGAGCUACGCAGUGAUCCCCAUCUAAUGGAAGACGUCUGGAUUACGCCAUCAAUGGGACAAGUCCCUCGAUGGUUAGAAGAUGCUGAUGUUAGAGACGGCAUCCAUGCACUUCUGAAACAUGUGCACUGCCAAGAAGAACAGAAGCGACUUGGUGUCAAGGUGGAUAACCUCUGCCAUUUCUUUGGGGAAGAACUUGCUGCACUCAAGCUUGCACUCUGUACACCAGGAUGCGAACUUAUAUCUGUCUUGCUGAGACAGCGCCGCAACCAAUUACUCAGACUUCAAACCCACUGGGCGAACCCAUUAGCCUCUGCGCUUCGCUUUACGUCUCGUGCCAAGGAUGCGCUGGAGAUUGCCAUCACCCUUUCUGGUAGCGCUCAAAUGCCGAACAUGCAUUGGCUCAGCACUACAUUACUGGAAGUACCCGAUCUUGAGGGAGAAGUCAAUGAUGCCGCAGAGGUUGCUGAGCCUCAUGACCUGCCAGUAGUUGAAUCUGAGCAUGCCGCUCUGGCAGACAUUCUUGAGGGUGAUUUGGGCAGAGAGGAGGUUGUAUUCAAUUCAAUGGAUUAUGUCAAUGACACUCAUGCUGUCAUCGUGUGGGAGGCUCCCGAGGCUGCACUAAUAGAUCACACCUAUGUCCCACGUGAGGAGGAGCAUACCAUCAUUCCAGGAAUAGUUGCCGAAAGGAAUUACCCUUCACGAGAUGGAUACCCUCCUCAAAUCUUUGAACUGAAGGACAUCACCUUGCUUGCCUCACCAACAGCAUGUCUUAACGAUACUUGUAUCAAUGGGUGCACCAUUUUGCAGUUUUCUAAACUGAAAAGUGUCGUCACUGGCCAUUGCGCUUCGUUGACAACCCACGAUCUCCCUCGGAUUCGAUAUAAUGCAUCAGAUGACAUUCUGUGGCGUAACAUAUCAUACACAUGUUACUGGGAGAAAGAUAUUUGGAUUCUUCCUAUCCAUUGUCCCUCUAAUAUUGGCCAUUGGGUCUUAUGCGUUAUUCGCCUCUCCAGCAAAGAAUUGCACCUCUUUGAUAGUCUAGCUGAGAGAAAACCUUGGAAAAAUGAUGUCAAGCUGAUUGCUCGUCUCCUUGCCAUUGCACGUCAACGGCGUCAUCACAUCGCAACAGAACUUGACGGAUGGACAGCUUAUGACUGUGGAGUAUGGGUAUUGGCAUCAAUUGCUGCUGUCUUACGAGGACAUCAUGUCACAGGACUCCAUGAGGAUGAUAUGUGCCACCUUCGGCAUCAUCUACGAGCUCUCGUUCUUUCUAUACCAUGCUUCUAG